AUGUCUAUCCGCACUCUCAGAAUCGGCCUCAUCCCUGGUGAUGGCAUCGGCAAGGAAGUGAUUCCCGCCGGUCGCCGCGUCCUCGAAGCACUCCCCUCCUUCCUCAACCUCAAGUUCGACUUUGUCGACCUCAAGGCCGGCUUCGAGACCUUUGAGCAGACCGGCACCGCUCUCCCCGACGCCACGGUCGAGACACUCAAGAACGAAUGCCAGGGCGCGCUCUUUGGCGCCGUCAGCUCGCCUACCCACGCCGUCAAGGGCUACUCGUCCCCCAUUGUCGCUCUCCGCAAGCGUCUCGAUCUCUAUGCCAACGUCCGCCCCGUCAAGACCGUCCUGACGGCUGCCAAGCCCAUCGACAUGGUCAUUGUCCGCGAGAACACCGAGGAUCUCUACGUCAAGCAGGAGACUACGAUUGAGACCCCCGAGGGCAGAGUCGCUGAGGCCAUCAAGCGCAUCUCUGAGAAGGCUACCUUCCGCAUUGCCGCUAUGGCCGGUGACAUUGCCGUCCGCCGCCAGAAGCUCCGCGAGGCAGGCAACGCCAGCAUCCACGCCAAGCCCCUCGUCACCAUCACCCACAAGUCCAACGUUCUCUCUCAGACCGACGGUCUCUUCCGCGAGGUCUCUAAGCGCGCUCUUGCUGACCCCAAGUAUGUCUCUGUCGCUGUCGAGGAGCAGAUUGUCGACUCCAUGGUCUACAAGCUCUUCCGCCAGCCUGAGGACUACGAUGUCAUUGUUGCCCCCAACCUGUACGGCGAUAUUCUGUCUGAUGGUGCUGCUGCUCUCGUUGGCAGUCUCGGUCUCGUCCCCUCUGCCAACGUUGGAGAGGGCUUCGCUAUCGGUGAGCCCUGCCACGGCAGCGCUCCUGACAUCCAGGGCAAGAACAUUGCCAACCCCAUCGCCACUAUCCGCAGUGCUGCUCUCAUGCUGGAAUUCCUCAACGAACCUGCUGCCGCUGCCAAGAUCUACGCUGCCGUCGAUGCCAACCUUGAGGAGGGCAAGCUCCUCAGCCCUGACUUGGGCGGCAAGGCCACCACCGAGGAGGUUGUCCAGGACAUACUGAACAAGUUGUAA